GGGCUGAUGGGAAUUCAGUCUUUGGUGCUGGUGAAGGUGUUGUGUGGAUGAACAGAGUCGAGUGCAGAGGGAAUGAGAUUCACCUGUGGGACUGUCCUCUCUCCCUCAAAAACCACACUGACUGCUCCAAGAAAGAGCACGCUGGACUCACCUGUGCAGAUGUUUCAGUGUCCUCUACUCCUGCCACAACAACAUCAGCUUCUCCUCCAGUUUCUCCUCCAGUGCGCUCAACAUCAGUCUCUCCUCCACAAACUCUCUCCGUCCCCCCAGUGCUUGUGAUUGUUCUGGGAGUUGUGCUCUUACUGCUCUUAGUGCCACUGCUUAUACUGAUUCAGCAGAACAGAGUGAUGAGGAGAGCUCUCUCUAAGAGGAGACACAGGAUGAAGACUGAGGCCGUUUAUGAAGAGCUUCAGCGGAGACCCACUAAUAGACAUAGUCUCCUCACUCAGAGGGGAAGUGUCCUUUCUAAAGAACAGCAUUCUGGGUAUGAAGAUGUUGAUAAACUUAUUUCAGCAAACUCUUCAGUAGGAGUCACCCCUGACUACUAUAAUGACAUCACCACCACAAAAGAGCAACAAAUGACACCAGAGGAUUAUGAUGACGCGAUCACUGCUGGUGGGAGACAUCAUGCUACAGAAGAAUUAUCAGAAAACUAUGAUGAUGUCGUCACUGUACAGCAGUUCUUCAAUGUUCAAACAGACUAUGAUGAUGUGGGGGAGGAGCCUGGAAAACAUGGAGAAACUGUAUAACUGAAAGCACAACCAAGGGUCCAGAGAGUUUAAGUUUAAUGUUUUAUCUGCAUUCCACCGAUGUUUACAUUUUGUACUUAAAUCUCCAUCAGUGACAAUAACUCUUUUUAACUCUUUUUGAAGUGCAACAAAUCAUACCAGAGAAUUAUGGUCACUUAUAUACUGAGACAUCUUGC